CGAGGGAGAGAGAGAGUCAAGCUCUUGCAGGCUGGUGUGUUGAGAAAUUCACCAUUCUGUGAUCUCUACGAGAUCAAGCUUGAUCCUAGCUCUGAUUUAUGAAUACCUCUGCAGUGUGCUCGACAAUAAGAUCCCCUAUACCCAAACUGGUAUGCACCUCUCUUCAUUUGUAGCUCUGAAUUAUUAUUCCAAGACAAUUUAAUAGUAACAUUCACUGCAGUGUUGUAAAUGGCAAAAAUAUUUUAGAUGUGAUUGAGCACGCAUCAUAAGAAGUUGUCGUCCAUUUUUACUUCAUCCAUCUGAGUAACAGUAUUUCUACUUUUUAUUAAGAGGUCGCACCACAAAAUGCGAGCGUCUCAGAUGGGUUCGACGUCCUCGGGGGCCGGGGGCUCCCGUCCGUCCGCACUAGCUGCGACCCAGGCUCAGCGUGCUUCUCUGCGUGCUGCGGCUGCGGCUGCCGAGCAAGAACGUGCUCAAGCCAGUAUGCACCAGCCAGAUAGUGACGACGAAGGUGUUCAGACUUUCGAAACCACCACUGUAGAGAUGGAGGAACCUACGUUUUUUGAACUUUUGACGGGUGCUGAAAGAGCUAAGAGACCAAAACAGUGGUACAUCGAUGUUCAGCAGUUGUAUCCACCAGAGUAUUGGGACCGUCUCAGAAAUCCCGAACGCCACGAUCCGGAGUUAGACGACGAACUGGAAAAAAUGCAAGCAAAAUACGGACCCAAGGCGGGGGGAAGUAAUACUUCUAUACUAUAGAUACUCCUAUACUAUAGAUACUUCUAUACUCGUUUAUUUGAUCAAACUCUGACACUGAAAUUCAAAUAUAGUUUUCAUCUUAGCCUCACUUGCUCACUAGUUGACGAGCACUCCUAAUAGUCGCACGUUCCCCAUCUAAGUUCAGAUAAGAAAUAACGCUAUUGAUAAUCCUUAUUCUGUAUUUUCGAAACUCUACUCUUAAUGCGGAUCAGAUCAUUUACAACUGAUUCUCCUUCAUUUCCGGAACAACAUCAUCUUAUCUCGUCACCCCACCUUCAACAACAGAUGCCACCGAGACGCGCGCAGAGAAGCUAGUGUCGGCCGAUGCUGACGAAAACCGUAGUUUUUUGACCGCAGCAGCGAAGAACCUGAAGAAUGAAUUUACCACGGAGGAAGAGGUCUUCGAAACAAUGGUCCAUUUGGCGAGUAGCACGCAUGGUUGCUUGAUGAAGGAGCGACUCGGUGGCACUGGUUGCGCGAGCUUGUUCGUUACGCCGGCCCCAGUGUUGCGCUACUUCGAUGUGGCGCGUAAGAAGGAUGAGUGGGUGCUAGACUACUACAUCGAUAAGGAAUACCGCGAAGAUCUGCGCCCAACAGUAAUGUACAACGUAAACGACGACCGCGGAACCGUCAUGAUGAAGUUGGUAGAACUACUAUGUUUUUUUGACGUUCUUGCUAACUAAGUGUAAUCUCUUGCCAUAAUUAAAUCGACCUCCUGCCAGGCACAUCAAUCAAUCAAUCAAUCAAUCAAUCAAUCAAUCAAUCAAUCAAUCAUCUCUAUUGAUUCAACAAAGUGAAAUUUGAAACUCUGGAAUUGGAUUUGUGUACUACAACCUGCUACCUUUAUAGAAUAUGGAGACGUUACAUUGAUCCUUGCUGGGUCGGAAAUGUAACGACGACAAUCGCCUUGACCUCGAAACCCCACAAUUUCUUUUUUUUCAGAUCAAGAAAGUGUGGAAGGGCCAGCACGACUACAGGCAUCAGCUUCUUAUCAUUUUCAACGAGUACGAUGUGGAUACAGGCAAGCCGACCCCUACGUCAAAAACAAUGAAGAUGGUAUUGAUUUGAUUACUGUCUAUUUGAUUCUUACAUGCCACCUGGGCUUCUAUGCGGAGGGCAAAGUUUGUCCACGUGAUGAAUAGGCACACUAAAUCAUUCACGUUCUAGUACACUCUUAGGCUCAUCAAAUUGUUCUUCUUAUUAUACGCAUUCAACGAAGUUGAGUCGUUGUUGUUCUCUUCUCAUGAAGGUGAUCACCUUCGAAAAAUCGACUUAUGAUCUCUAGAAGGAAUCUCCACUAGUGCUCCAGAUCAUGGAUGUUCCCAACUUUCAGCAAAUGAACUCUAAUUUCCGGACUUUCAUCACAUUCACAACACAAUUCACAACGCAACCUGCCUUCAUCACAACUCAGGAACUGACGUGCCAAAACGAGAAGGACUGUGGUGUUUGGUGCCGCGUUUUGAAAAUGUUCGUGGCCGUUGCCAAGCAGGAGCACCUGGGCAAAGUCCGAAACCGAGCACAGGAGAUGAUCCGGCAGAGAGAAGCAAACGAUAUACAAUCAGGCCUCGCUAGUGCUGUGCAGUCGCAGAGACAAGACGCGGGAUUGAUUCAAAUGAGGAAUCCGGGUAUACUCUCUCAUAUUAAGUAGAAAUUUGAAGAAAAAGUAGAUUUUGUUUUGUACCUUCGUUGGGGAUUUUGAUCGAUCUAAAAAUCAAGGCGGCAACUGCUGAGAUGCAAAAGAUUUCGAUCCACUCAUGUCCCGACUAUGUUGCGGCUUUUGCAUUUAUUGAAAUCGAACAUCGAUUCUCAUUCUUUACCGAUUCUGUAUUCUUUUGCUACUACAACCUGAAAAUAAAACACAGGUUCGGUCACUGAGGGUACAGCUCCUGAGGAGGGUGGUUACUACGACGAGGCCGGGAACUGGAUAGAUACGACGGGUGCUGCGGGGCUCGGCUACUACGAUGAUGAGGGUAAUUGGGUCGAUGCGGCGACUGGAGAGGUGACGAAGGCAGAAGACCUAGACGGAUACUGGGACGAGAGCGGCAAUUGGGUGACAAACGAGGCUAAAAAGUAAUCUGACUUUGUCAGCGCAACGGGGAUGAUAAGGUCUGGUCAUUCAUCUAUUGUCGUCCGAUGUCAUUUUGCGAAAUUAAUAUAACACGGGUUCUUGAUACAGCUUCAAUCUUUCUUGCUUCCUUUACGCAGCGAAACAGAGCAUAUGAAAAGCAUAUUCAUACGUGCCAUCAUAGUUUAUAGCAUGAAACGACGUGAAAUAUUGACUUAUAGAUUUUGGCUUAUUCAUCAUAAUCAGACUAAUACGCAUAGCAUUCAUAGAGAGAAACGCAGAUACAUCCACGUAAAAAAGAAGCAAGCAUCUUAGUGUUUCGCAAAAACACGUACAAAAUGUUCAGUUUAUCACAGAGUAAGGCUUUCCUUCGACGAAACGCAUGAUAAUUCAAGUUUUGUAUAGUUUACAUAAUAGACGCUAGGGAUAAUGUUCUAUUGUUAAUGUUCGACGCAUGGGGUAGGUAGCGGAGUAACCAGAUGAAUGUACUUCUGGUUCUGGAGAAGGUAAUUACUAGGGAUCAUUGAUGAUAGUCUGAAUACUUCUAAGAAAAGACGACGGAUGAAGGAUAACAAUUCGGGAUAUUCAGUGUACUUAGUCAAGCUCAUACAUCCAU